GCCAGCACCUGAAAUCUUCACUCACACUAAAGAGAAGGUCCUCGUUUUUUAAUUAUUACUAUUCUUUUAAUUCUUUUAUUUUUGAGGAAAAAAAUAGAGGGUUAAAUUCGAUAAGAAAGGGAGGAGGUGACGGUUGGUGUGGCAAUCGGAAGCGGAUUCUCCCCGGCCGCCGCUCUGUCUGUUUUCCAUUUUGAUCAGUAACGCGGGAUUUCCGUCGGAGCGCCGCCGCCGUUUUGGUUUAUACUUCAUAUAGCGCCUGCUGAUUGACACGCUGCAGCCGCCGUUGGCAGGUAGGUCAUGGAGAAGAAGAUGCUGAUCGCCAUGAGCUCCCCGAAGGCUAGGCCGCUCGGCGGCCGCCCGUGGAGAUGGGUCAAGACCCUCUUCUUCCUCGCCUCCAUGCUCGUUUCCCUCCUCCUUGACUGCGCGCCUCCGCCUCUCCUCGUCGUCGUCCUCGACUUGCUCUUCCCCGCCGCGCUCAUCUCCGCCGCCGCGGCUGACUCUUCCCUCUCCGCCGCCGCUAUGUCCCACCAGCUCCGGAGCUUCCGCUUCCGCUCCUCGCUGGUCGACCUCCCCCUCGUCUCCGCGCUCCGAUCCGUCUUGAUCCUAUGUGCUUUUCUAGCGUGCGGCGGGAGCCGGGGGGCGUACCUCGGCGUCGCCUCCGUCUGCGGCUCCGCCUCCGUCGUCUACGUCCUGCUCAAGGUCUCCGGCAUGGCAGCGGCGGAGGCGGCGGACAGUUCGCUUCGAGGAGGGGAGCCGCGGCGGGUCCUCUCGGUGGCCGCCGGCGACAACGUGACGGCGGCUGUGGAGGCGCUGUUCCUGGCCUCGGUGGCGAUGGCCGUCGCGCACAUCGUGGUGGCGUACAGGACCAGCUGCCGGGAGCGGCGCAAGAUGCUCGUCUACCGGAUCGACGUCGAAGCGGUAAAAGUAAAAGGAGGACUGAUCAGAGGAGACAUCAAACUAUGAAGCGGUUGACUCACAAUGGAAUAUUAUUAUUAUUAUUAUUAUUAUUAUUAUUAUUAUACUGUUUUAUGUUGCUAGCUGAAGGCUUGGCUUUCACAAAGUGAGCAAUUUUGUUGAGGGAUAAAAAAGAAAACAAAAUAAUCAUUUUUUGAGGAUCGUUUUACUUUGUAUAUAUAUAGCUAUGUAAUUAUGCUUGUUUGGAAGCAGUGUGCAAGCUACGCUGCUCUUCAACAUGUAAUCAAUGUAUAUAUCUUCCCAUUUAUUCCAUUAUUAUUAUUAUUA